CCCCAUUUCGCAUUUCCUCUCCUCAUAACCAUUAUAAUAUAUAGUGUUGGAUCAGUUGUCGCAAUGGCCUCAUCGGGAUCGUGGACGUCGAGGCAGAACAAGAUGUUCGAAAAUGCCCUAGCUGUUUACGACAAGGACACGCCGGACCGCUGGCACAAUCUGGCGAGGGCUGUGGGUGGGAAAUCAGUGGAGGAAGUGAAGAAGCACUAUGAGAUGCUUGUGGAAGAUGUCAACAAGAUUGAGGCUGGUGAGGUGCCCUUGCCCAAUUAUAGAAAACCUGCUGCUGCUGCUGGGAACGGCAAAGCCUACUCUAACUCCAUGGAUAUUGAAGAACAAAGGAUGAAGAGUCUAAAGCUACAAUGAAAUGAAGGUUCUCAUUUAUGAAAAAAAAAAAAAAAAAAAAA